AAGCGAAUAAUCAACUAGCCCAUCCUCAAAUCUUCUGGCAGCUGUCCCUUCUCAAAUCCCCAAGCUUCCUCAAGGCAGAACCGACGCCAUUUUCCUCCCACCUAAUAAUUUCAUUUUCCCCUCAUUUUCUAAAAAUCUGAUCUUUUUUCAUCUCCACCGAUCUUUGCUCCCAAUCCGCUCCUCAAAAUUUGACCUUUUUUAACUUUGUGUCUCCCACUUCUCAAGUCAUGCCUCCUGGAAGCAGCUCUAAUGGCGGAAACACAAGAAGCGACAACAUUAGCAUAGUGUGGUUCAGAAGAGACCUCAGAGUGGAAGACAACCCAGCUCUUGCAGCAGGUGUUAGGGCUGGAUAUGUGGUUUCUGUUUUCAUUUGGGCUCCUGAAGAAGAAGGUCACUACUUUCCUGGUAGAGUUUCCAGGUGGUGGUUGAGCCAGAGUUUGAAGCAUCUUGAUUCUUCCCUUAAAAGCCUUGGGGCUACUCUUAUCACAAAGAGGUCUUUUGAUACUGCUUCAACUCUUGUCGAUGUGGUGAAUUCUACAGGCGCUACAAACCUUUUCUUUAAUCAUCUUUAUGAUCCUUUAUCUCUUGUUAGGGAUCACCGCAUCAAGGAGCUUCUGUCAUCUCGCGGCGUCACAGUUUGUUCUUUCAAUGCAGAUUUGCUCUACGAGCCAUGGCAGGUUGCAGACGAAAAUGGUUCCCCAUUUUCAACUUUUGAAGCUUUCUGGAAUAAGUGCCUCAGCAUGCCUUACGAUCCUGCAGCUCCACUCUUACCACCAAAAAAAAUUACAUCAGGUGAUGUGUCAAGGUGUCCUUCAGAUCCUCUCGUUUUCGAGGACGAAUCCGAGCAGGGGAGCAACGCCCUUCUUGCUCGAGCUUGGUCUCCGGGAUGGCAGAAUGCCAAUAAGGCUCUAAAUGCUUUCAUCAAUGGCCCGCUUAUCCACUACUCGGCGAACAGAAAGAAGGCCGAUGGUGCGACCACCUCUCUCCUUUCGCCUCAUCUCCAUUUCGGCGAGCUCAGCGUUCGCAAAGUCUUCCACCAUCUCCAGAUCAAACUGCUCGUAUGGACUAACGAGGAAAACGAAUCCGGCAAAGAGAGCGUGAACUUGUUUCUCAAGUCAAUCGGGCUUCGAGAAUACUCGAGGUACCUGAGUUUCAAUCAUCCGUUCAGCCAUGAAAGGCCGCUUUUAUCGCACCUCAAGUUCUUCCCUUGGGUUGUUGAUGAAAGAUACUUCAAGGCAUGGAGACAGGGAAGAACUGGUUAUCCUCUUGUUGAUGCGGGGAUGAGGGAGCUUUGGGCGACGGGAUGGCUGCACGAUCGAAUUCGUGUGGUUGUGUCGAGCUUUUUUGUGAAGGUUCUGCAACUUCCAUGGAGGUGGGGGAUGAAGUACUUUUGGGAUACGCUUCUGGAUGCUGAUCUUGAAUGUGAUACUUUGGGUUGGCAGUAUAUAUCUGGUACUCUUCCUGAUGGUCGAGAAUUCGAUCGCAUUGAUAACCCACAGAUUGAGGGCUACAAAUUUGACCCCAAUGGAGAAUAUGUCCGCCGCUGGCUUCCCGAACUCAUCAGGCUCCCAACUGAAUGGAUACACCAUCCAUGGGAUGCACCCGAACCCGUUCUCCAGGCCGCCGGCAUCGAGCUCGGUUCCAACUAUCCUCUUCCCAUAGUAGAACUUUCUGCCGCCAAAGAAAGAUUACAAGAGGCUCUUACCGAGAUGUGGCAGAACGAAACCGCUUCGAGUGCUGCAAUGGAGAACGAAACCGAAGAGGGCCUCGGCGAUUCCUCCGACCUCCCUGCCUUUUACUAUCCUCAAGAAAUACAUAUGGAAGUGGAUCCCGAGCCUCAUCGAGCUAAUAAUCUCCAGAGCACGACAAGGAGGUACUCUGAUCAAUUGGUGCCAAGCAUAACUUCAUCAUUAAUUAGGGCCGAAGAGGAUGCAGUUUCAGUGGAUAUAAGCAGCGCUAGGGAAGAUAGCAGAGCCGAAGUGCCGACGAAUGUGAAUUUCGACGACCAAACACAUGGAGCUAAUGGUCAAGAUGGCACUCCAAACACGAGGAAUAAUACUACUUUGGAGUUUGAUCCUGCGAGGUUGCAGAACAGAGUGGAGUUUUCUGAGGACUCAUCCAGCAGUUACACAGAAAGAGACGGAGGAUUGGUUCCCGUAUGGUCACCGUCGAACCUACCGGAGCAUCUUGUCGAUGAAGAAAUGAGUGUCGGAACUAGUGCUUACUUACAAAGGCAUCCCCGGACGCAUCAGUUGUUGAACUGGAGGCAGAUUUCACCAUCAGUGUGAGUUUCAUAAAAUUUUGCUUUGUUUUCUGGUUGAUUGUGUUUCAUUCAUGGAGAAGAUGACUAUUAUGGGAUUUGCAUCUUAAUCAUGAGGAGUCAUGAAGCCCAGUUAUUAGUCUUCUAUCUUUUGAAUGGGAAAAUAUCACUAGACUCCACACAAAUAAAUUUAGAAGCUAUGACAUUUAGGUCUCUAAUUAAUGUAAGGUAGUUUAGAUUGUCAUAAGUUGGUUCUUAUGAUGGUGGUUAUACAAAAUGGUACUGUCUCAUUAGCUAUAUUUAUAUGCUAAGGAAUAUGGCUUAUAAUGAUAUUAUGUUGGCAGAUAUUUGCCAGCUAGUCCUAUAAUGUUCAUAAUGUAAGCUUACCUUUGUGUACCAUAUUUGUGUCAUGGCUUUCUAUUGCUUGAUAUUC